UGUAAUGUUUCUGCUCUCUCCACAACUCUAGUGAAAAUUCUCUUUUUUUAAAACUUUCCUGCUGCAUGCAACAAUGAAGUCAUGUUGUCCUUUUUAAAAGUGGCUGAAACUGCAGCCCUGAGACUUUUUCAUCAAGUCAUCAGAGGCAGAGCCGAUCGGCUGGAAGUUGUUCAGACUCCCAGUGAUAGCCAGGGAAAUCUGUGUAUGAGCGCAGUUGUGGGUGAGUCAUGGAGAGCAGAGGAAAAAAGCUGAAGUGAAAAGAAGGGAAAGGUUGCCGAAAGCUUAGAAAUACUCUGUACAAGUGCUUUAUGGAGAUUACGGCAUACACCUCUUGUCUUUCAGAAUGAAAAUGGCAGACAUCAAAACAUCAAAAGCGUUACAACCCAGACAGGAUGCGGCUGACAAACACUGUGGUGCUUCUCCUCCUGGCCCUCGGGGCUUCUGCAGAGGACAAGAAGUUGAGCAGUCAUGCAGCCAUCUUGGCUGACACCAGUGCCAACCUGGCCUUCAGCCUGUAUCACAACAUGGCUAAAGAGAAAGACACAGAGAACAUCUUGAUCUCUCCUGUGGUCGUGGCCUCCUCGCUGGGGAUGGUGGCUCUCGGAGGAAAAGCAUCCACCUCUUCCCAGGUCAAAACCCUUCUGAGCGCCGACAAGCUGAAGGACGAGCAUCUGCACGCCGGCCUCUCCGAGCUGCUGACCGAGGUUAGUGACGCCAAGGCUCGCAACACCACCUGGAAGAUCAGCAGCCGCCUCUACGGUCCGAGCUCCGUCUCCUUCGCCGACGACUUCCUCAAGACCAGCAAGAAGCACUACAACUACGACCAUUCCAAAAUCAACCUCAGGGACAAGAGGAGCGCGGUCAACUCCAUCAACGAGUGGGCGGCCAAGUCUACGGACGGCAAGCUUCCCGAGGUCACCAAAGAUGUGCACAACGCUGACGGCGCCAUGAUCGUCAACGCCAUGUUCUUCAAGCCUCACUGGGAUGAGAAGUUCCAUGAGAAGAUGGUGGACAACCGAGGUUUCCUGGUCACCCGCUCCUUCACUGUGGGAGUGCCCAUGAUGCACCGAACAGGUCUGUACAACUUCUGCGAUGACACCGAGAACCGCGUCUUCAUCCUGGACAUGCCUCUUGGCCAGAAGCAAGCCUCAAUGAUCUUCAUCAUGCCCUACCACCUGGAGCCCCUGGACCGCCUGGAGAAACUCCUGAGCAGGAAGCAGGUGGACGCUUGGCUCAGUAAGAUGCAGAACCGAGCCGUCGCCAUCUCGCUCCCAAAAGUCUCCAUGGAAGUCAGCCACAAUCUGCAGAAACACCUGGCUGUGCUGGGUCUGACCGAGGCCGUGGACAAAGCCAAGGCUGAUCUCUCCAACAUCUCCGGGAAGAAGGACCUGUAUCUCUCCAACGUCUUCCACGCCUCCGCCCUCGAGCUGAAUGUGGAAGGCAACCCGUACGACACCAGCAUCUUCGGGACCGACAAGCUCAAGGACCCCAAGCUCUUCUACGUGGACCACCCUUUCAUCUUCCUGGUGAAGGACAACAAGACCAACUCCAUCAUGUACAUCGGCAGAGUGGUGCGACCUAAUGGAGAUAAGAUUCGCGACGAGCUAUAACAUAGAUUUAUGAGUCAUAACUCGUGUGAUAUGCUGUGUUACCUCCGAUGAGCAAAUUGUGGAAGCCCCUUUUUGUGUGAAUUAGAAUCCCCAAGUAGAGAGAAAACAAACACACUCCUGACCUGUAUGAGCAGCCGUUGCUUCCCAGACAACAUGCUUACAUUAAGUGUGACCUUGCUUUCUCAUGAACGUCUCGCCACCUUCAAUCCCAGUGCUUUCUUGCAUUAUCUUUAAUGUUUAAAGAGACAAAGAUUCUUGCACAACUUGCUUGCUUGUUUCCCUACUCACAACAAUUCACUGCUCCUGUCUGCACUGAACACGUCCUCCACAGUGACGGCAUCGUGCAGAGUAAAUGUGGCCUUACACUUUCACACUCCAGCUGGAUUUGAUUGUUGAUGUCGGGUUUUUUUCUCCACAAAAUGCUGUUGGGAUUGUGUUUUUUUUUUUUUCAAUAAAAACAACA